CUGACGCAUAGUACAGCACAACACAGUAAGACAGCGAGGGACGGAACAACCUCACAACAUACUGGACAACAUCCCACCUCACUACACGUUCUAGUCCGAGAGAGGGGCUAUACUUUGGCUAAGCACGUCUUUCCUUAAAACCCCCACCCUUCACAAUGGUCGGCACUCGAGGCCCAGUGCCAGUGCCAAUAGGGCAGGCCAAUGGCACCGGACAGGACCUCACGCUGGAUCUCCUGGAAAAGCUCGAGCACAACGAUCCGCUCCAGACCGAUGUCGCCUACCCUGAUGUUGCCCAGGCUCAACUCAAAGCCGCUCUGGACAGACUGGCCAGCAGAGCAAUGCUGGAGUACGACACGAACGAUACCGAGCGUGUGGUGCUGACCGCCGAAGGACAACAAAUUGCCGACGAGGGCAGUCAUGAGUACAAAGUGUGGGAGGCCGUCAAAGCGGCGGGCAAGCUCGCCGUCAAAGAUCAGUCAUUGGCAACACCGAAUGCCAAGGUGGGUCUGGGCAGCGCCAUGAAGUUCAAAUGGGUGAAAAAGGAUGGGGAUGCGCUCGUGCCAUUGGAAGAGAGCGUCAAAGAUCAGACGAGGGAGAUAUUGCAGUACGCUGCACAGACCGGCAGCUUCCCAGACGCGAAGCAGCAGAAGGAGUUUCAAAAGCGAAAACUGGUCACGACGAAAAAGCUCAUUACAUAUGAAGUACGAAAGGGACCGCGAUGGGCAAAGGAUAUUCCGGUAGAGGUUACAGAUUUGACCGCAGAGAUGAUUGAGGAUGGAAGCUGGAAAACAGCAACCUUCAAGCCAUAUAAUUUCAAGGCGUUGGGUACGAACCAGAACGCCGGCACGUUACAUCCUCUGAACAAGGUGCGAGAGGAAUUCCGCAAAAUCUUUUUCAACUGGGACUUCAUUGAGAUGCCCACAGCUCGCUUCGUGGACACGGGCUUCUGGAACUUCGACGCUCUCUUCGUGCCUCAGCAACACCCUGCCCGUGAUUUGCAGGAUACUUUCUACGUAUCAGAUCCAGCAGAGUCUGGACUCCCAGGACCCGAUCCGAUCGCAGACGCUGCCUUGAACAAAAUGGAAGCCGACUCUCGCCUCUUUGCCACAGGCACAUCGCAAGAGGUAAAGUCUCUUGACUACAAGAAGUACUCCGAGGACGUCCGCGCAUGUCAUCAAGAAGGAAAGUUCGGCUCUAUCGGCUAUCGCGCACCCUACGCCGAUUCAGAGACUACGCGACUUGUCCUCCGGACGCACACGACCGCCGUCUCGACAUACUGUCUGCAUCGCCUUGCGGCCAACCCACGACCAGCACGAUACUUUUCCAUCGAUCGUGUCUUCCGUAAUGAAACCGUCGAUGCCACUCACUUGGCAGAGUUCCACCAAAUCGAAGGUGUCAUCGCAGACUAUGGCCUGACACUUGGUGGGUUGCAAGCUUUCUUGGGCAAGUUCUUCGAACAGCUCGGAAUCACCAAUCUGCGCUUCAAGCCUGCCUAUAACCCUUACACCGAGCCUUCUAUGGAGGUCUUUGGUUUCCACAGAGGCCUGAACAAGUGGGUCGAGAUUGGAAACUCCGGCAUGUUCAGACCCGAGAUGCUGUUGCCCAUGGGUCUGCCAGAGGAUCUACGAGUAUACGGCUUUGGUCUCUCGCUGGAACGACCUACAAUGAUCAAGUAUGGUGUGUCGAAUAUCCGAGAAUUGCUGGGGCACAAAGUGGACUUGGGCUUCAUCGAAAGCAAUGCUGCCGUGCGACUGGAUAAGGACUAGAAGCCCCGGCCCUUAGCACUUGGUGCUGAGACUCUCCCGAGUGAUGGCGAGACUGAUGCAAGCGAUGCUUAUACGGAUGUAAGUGAGGCCGAUCGUGAUACCGACCCGCGUGAUGUGAUGGAGAUUGAUGAGUAUGGUGAAAGAUAUGCUGUGAGCAUCGUCGAAAUCGACGCUGAGACUAUGGACGAGCUGUAUGAAGCUUGCGAGGGCUUAGUAUUGCGGGUCAGGCGGUCUAGUAUCUUCUGAUGUGGAGGCGUGGUAUGCCCUGACAGAUCGAUCCCCAUAGCUCACGCGCACUGUGUAGCCGUAGAUCACCAAACAUUCAUGUGAAACGACACUUCUGCACGCUCGAAUUCUCAUGGAACUUGCCCAACUGAAAAUUGAAAAUAAAUUCUCC